AUCGAGGAGCAUUACGUGGCUCAAGGUUUGUGUAUUGUUGGAUACUUUCAUGUGAACGAGAGGUUUGAUGAUGUCGAGCUUUGUGGUGUGGCGAAGAACAUUGGUGAUCACAUCCUCUCUCUAUAUUUCCCUCAGGCACCAAUUUUCUUGGUAGUAAUUUAGUAAGGAAUUGAUUAGCUAAAAUAUAGUUUUGGUAUAUUGGUAUGCUAAAUAAUAGAUGAAGAAAAAAAUAUGAAAGGCUGAGAAGUCAGAAUUUUGUAAUAUUUGGUAACUUUGAUUGUUUCUCUAUAAUUUUAGAUGUAAGCUUGAAGUGUAAUUGAUAUGCUUUUAUGUUUUUGUUAAGAUAUAAUUUUAGUUUUU